AUGAGCUUCAUGUCGACAUGGGGCCACGGGAUGAACUGCUUCCUGUGCGGGAUGAUGAUUCAGGCAGGUGACCGGAGAUUCAAAGGCCUCGCCAUCCCCGAGCGAAAGGGCUGGGCUGAAAAGGAGCUCAAGGGGGACCAGCUAGUGCUAGCCCCCGAGGUCGAGGAGACCUCCUUUGGCAAGCUAUCUACCCAGUGGGGCCAUUUCUUCCGCGCGAUUGUGGAAGGUCCUCCAGACUCGACACUGGUACUCACUGGCAUCGGCUUCCGAGAAAAUGAUAGCAAAGCGGUUGUCCCAGCGUCUCCGGGUAAAGCUUGCAUCGUCGCUCCGAGCUGUGCGUCGCAUGGAAAGCGGCAGUGCAAGGUGUUCCGCGCCCGUGGGAGGCGGAUAUUCCCUCUCGAUGAUAAUUAUAGCAAUCUGCGCUUCGGAUACCCGGUCCAUGCCCAUUGCUGGAUGCUGGUGGACCACGUCAUCGGGUUGGGAAUCGUCGAGAAGAACCUGCGCGCGUUCUGCGAGACACUGUACGAGUACUGGAGCAAACACGCACAGCAUUGGUAA